CGUGACUCCCCGCGAGCAAGAUGGCGGCGCCCAGGGGUCGGCAUGCUUACUGAGCGUGGCUGCGAGCAGCGCCCCCCGCCCUCCGCCGGCAUGUCGCGGCUUAUCGUGAAGAACCUGCCGAAUGGGAUGAAGGAAGAUCGCUUCCGGAAGCUGUUUGCUGCCUUUGGUACGCUGACUGACUGCUGUCUGAAGUUCACGAAGGAUGGCAAGUUCCGCAAGUUUGGCUUUGUUGGCUUUAAGUCUGAGGAUGAAGCCAAAACAGCGCUGAACCAUUUCAACAGGAGUUUCAUUGACACGUCCAGGAUCACAGUAGAGGUCUGUAAAUCUUUUGGAGACCCAUCAAAACCCAAGCCCUGGAGCAAACACUCACAAAAGCCAGCUGACAAACCCACUGCAAAUCCAGAUCACACGGGUACAAAGAAGGAUAAAAAGGUGAAAAAUGUGGCUGGAAACUUAAAAGAGCUGGAAGGAAAUGAAGAGUUCAGAGAGUUUUUGAUGGUUCACCAAAAACGGUCACAAGUAGCCACUUGGGCCAAUGACACAUUGACAGAGGAGCCCAAGGCAGGAAAAUUGAAGCCAGUAGAUGAUUAUCUGAACUUCGACUCAGAUGAGUCAAGUGACCCGAGUGAAGAGAGCGGGGAUGAAUUCCAAGAGGAAGAAGAUAAAGGCAACAAAACUAAGGGACACCCCACAGAAAAGGUGGCUGUCACGAAAGGGCUUUCUGAUAUGGAUUACUUGAAAUCGAAGGUGGUGAAGGAUACUUCCUUGGAUGAAGACAGUGAGGAGGAAGAGGAGGACAGUGAGCAGCAUGAGAAAAGUAGUGAGGAAGAGGAGAAUCCUAGCAACGUGGAAGCUAUAGACGUCCAGAUGAAAAAGGGAGCCAUGCUGGAAGAAGAGAUCAAAGGGCAAGGGAAACCAAAGGAAGAAGAGAAAAAGAAAGGCACUAAAUCAGAGCUGAAGAAUCGGGCUGAUUCGACUGAAGCAACCGUGGUAUACACUGUGAAGCUGCGUGGUGCCCCUUUCAAUGUCACAGAGCAAAAUGUUAGAGAAUUUUUCCUGCCACUUAAACCUGUGGCAAUCCGGAUAGCAAGAAACAAGCAUGGAAAUAAGACAGGUUAUGUCUUUGUUGACUUCACCAGGGAGGAAGAAGUACAGAAGGCCUUGAAACAGAACAAUGAAUACAUGGGUGGGCGCUAUAUUGAGGUGUCCAGAGAGGAGCGGGUACCAAAGAUGAAAUUUGCACAGAAGAAGGAAGAGCAACCCUGGCAGAGGAGGAAGAAGGAUGAUGAGGAAGAGGAGGACCUGUCUGAGUCUGGGCGGCUUUUUGUGAGGAACCUUCCCUAUUCUGCAACUGAGGAGGACUUGGAGAAACUAUUUUCCAAAUAUGGUCCUGUGUCAGAGAUUCACUUCCCUAUAGACAGCCUGACUAAGAAACCCAAGGGAUUUGCCUUCAUCACAUACAUGAUCCCUGAGCAUGCAGUGAAAGCCUUUGCAGAAGUGGAUGGGCAGGUGUUCCAGGGUAGAAUGCUGCAUGUGUUACCAUCUACCCUAAAGAAAGAAGUGGAGAACACAAGUGCUGCAGGAUCCUCUUCAUACAAGAAGCAGAAAGACUCCAAGGACAAAGCAAGCAGUGGCAGCACUCAUAACUGGAACACGCUGUUCAUGGGGACAAAUGCUGUGGCAGAUGCAAUUGCACAAAAGUACCAUACCGCCAAGAGCCAAGUGCUUGAUCACGAAGGCAGAGGUAGUGUGGCUGUGAGGGUUGCCCUGGGGGAAACGCAGCUGGUUCAGGAAGUCCGCCAGUUCCUGAUCGAUAAUGGAGUCAGCCUGGAUUCCUUCAGUCAGGCAUCUGGGGAGCGGAGUAAAACUGUGAUCCUAGCAAAGAACCUUCCUGCUGGUACUUGUGUGGCCGAGCUGGAGGAAGUGUUUGGUCGAUAUGGCAGCCUUGGACGGGUGCUGCUCCCAGAAGGAGGAAUCACAGCCAUUGUAGAAUUCCUGGAGCCCACAGAGGCCAAGCGAGCUUUCACCAAGCUGGCCUAUUCCAAGUUCCAGCAUGUCCCUCUGUAUCUGGAGUGGGCCCCUAUGGAUGUCUUUUCCUGCCCACCCCCUGAGAAGAAACAGCAUGAGACACCAGAAGAGGCAGAAAGAGCAAGGCUGGGAGCUGGACCUGAGGAAAUGAAAGAGGGCUUGGAAGAACUAGCAGUAGAAGAGGAAGAUGAGGAAGAAGAAAGUGUUCCAGGAUGUACCCUGUUCAUCAAAAACCUCAGUUUUGCCACUACUGAGGAAACACUGAGGGAGACAUUUUCCAAAGUGGGAGCUGUGAAGAGCUGCACGAUCUCAAAGAAGACAGACAAAGCAGGCACUUUACUUUCCAUGGGCUUUGGAUUUGUGGAGUACAAGAAACCAGAAAAUGCUCAGAAAGCACUCAAGCAGCUCCAGGGUUGCAUGGUGGACGGCCAUCAGCUGGCAGUGAAAAUCUCUGAGAGGGCCAUCAAGUCUACUGUGACUUCAUCCCGUAAAAAACAAAUACUCAAGAAGCAAAGGAGCUCCAAGAUCUUAGUCCGAAAUAUCCCAUUCCAGGCUACUGUGAGGGAAAUCAGAGAGCUUUUCAGCACCUUUGGGGAGCUGAAGACUGUCCGACUGCCAAAGAAAAUGGCUGGAACAGGAUCACACCGUGGGUUUGGAUUUGUAGAUUUCCUCACCAAACAGGAUGCCAAGAAAGCCUUUAAUGCCCUGUGCCACAGCACCCACUUGUAUGGCAGGAGGCUGGUCCUGGAAUGGGCUGACACGGAGGAAACAGUGGAGGCCCUGAGACGGAAAACUGCUGAACAUUUUCAUGGUUCCUCAAAGAAGAAAAAGCAAUCCGUGAUUUUGGAUGAAAUCCUGCAGCAGAUAGAAGAGGAAUAUGAUGAUGAUGGAGACCAUUAGCAGGCUCUUCUGCUGCUACACAGUGCCCCAAAGGGCUGCUGUAUGUGACGGAAGCAUGCACAGCAUUGGGGCUCUUGUGAUAAAAGAGAAGGUGGCUACGUGACUGCAGGAAUAAUCCAAGCUGGGUUAAAUAACCGCCUGCCUCACACAGUGCAUCUGGAAUAAGUACAGGGCCUUGAAAUACUGCAUGUCCCUUUGGAACAGCUUUAAUUUAAGGAUGCCUCCAGAUACAGCUGUUGUUAACACCUUCCUCUUGAGAAGGCAGCAAGAGACAAGGCAUGGAGGAGGGGAAAAAGCAACACAAGGGGAAAGGACAGCUGGCAUUGGCUAGAGCCAGGAGCAGUAUAGCCAGCCUCUGAGCAAGCAUCUACACACAGCACUCCCCGAGCAGCUCUGUCCCUGAUCAGCGGCAGUCUGCCACUCUGGUCCUUUGCUGCUGGCCAGAGCAGUGUCUGCCAUUAUACCUUUUUCAGGUAGCCUGCAACCCUCUGCUGUUUCAGUUGCACUGAACUACACUGGUGAUCUUGUAAUGUUGCCAGACAUGUACGUCUAGUUUGAGACUAGUGAACUGUUGCUUUUACCUGACAUGUAACCCCAAGAUGUAGGUCCAGGUGUGCACCAGAGAAAGUUGAGUACACUCACAUAGAUUGCAGUUUAGUGUAGAGAUCUCUGAGCCACCUUGAGGAUUGAAAGGGUGUCUAACUCUGGGCUACUUCUGGUGCCUGAGCUAGCUUGGGUAUUUAUACUCUACAUGCAGUGUAGACACACACAACAAUGCCCAGCCCAUGAGCAAAACUUCUUAUAUUCAAAGCAGUGUGUAAACAUAAUGCAUCCUUUAAAGGCUGUUGGGUACUGGUCUCAGUUUACAGGUGGGUAAACUGAGGCACAGGGCUGUUAAAACAGCAUUCCUGAGAUGAGACCACGUGCUAGUAGCAGAGAUGGGAUUAAAAUUGUUUAAACUCCCAUGGGCAUUUGGUUCCCUGAGGAGAAGUAGCAGUGCCACUUGUGCCACUGCUGUUUGUCCCUGGGGAAUACCUGUGCCACAUGCUCUUGGGCAUACGGCAGGUACCCCAGGUGGGGUAGGGGAGGCUGGGGCCAGCAUUGGACUCACCCCAGCAGCCUUACCUGGGGUCCUGAGGGCCU